UGAGCGAGAGAGAGAGGCUGUAGUCACUCCUCUACUGGACACCAGGCAGCAACAGGUAUCUUGGAGAGAGAGAGAGAAGAGGAAAGGCAGAGCAUGUGAGAGAGAGAGGACAAAAAGGGACAGAGAGUGGAAAGAGUGUGUGUGAGAGAGAGAGAGAGAGAGAGAGAGAGAGAGAUUUUAUUUUGGUCACCCUGCUUCUUUACACCUUUCCGUCGAUUCACCUGCUACCUGGCUGUUACCAGUUACCUGGACUUACCAGAGUGGAAGAGAGAGGGACAAGGAAAGAGGGACGAAACGAGGAGACAGGAGAAACCGAGUGUCUUGAGUGGAGCCUCACAUGGUGACUUCUAAUGUUCUGGAAUAAACCGGAAGCUGAACCAUGGUCAUUCUGCAACAGGGGGACUAUGUCUGGUUGGACCUUAAGACGGGCCGGGAGUUCGAUGUCCCGGUGGGAGCCGUGCUCAAGCUCUGUGACUCGGGACAGAUCCAGGUGCUGGACGACGAGGGGAGGGAGCACUGGAUCUCGCCCCAGAAUGCCACCAACAUUAAGCCCAUGCACCCCACCUCCAUCCACGGUGUGGAGGACAUGAUCCGCCUGGGGGACCUCAAUGAGGCCGGCAUCCUGCGGAACUUGCUUAUCCGCUACAACGAGCAUGUCAUCUAUACAAAUUGUGGGGGAAGGACUUACACAGGGUCGAUUCUGGUGGCGGUAAACCCUUACCAGCUGCUGCCCAUCUACACUCCAGACCAGAUCCGUCUGUACACCAAUAAGAAGAUUGGGGAGAUGCCACCUCACAUCUUUGCCAUAGCAGACAACUGCUACUUCAACAUGCAGAGGAACAACAAGGACCAGUGCUGCAUCAUCAGUGGUGAGUCUGGGGCAGGUAAGACAGAGAGCACCAAGUUGAUCCUGCAGUUCCUGGCAGCCAUCAGUGGACAACACUCCUGGAUAGAGCAACAGGUCCUGGAGGCCAACCCCAUACUGGAAGCGUUCGGGAACGCUAAGACCAUCCGGAAUGACAACUCCAGUCGCUUUGGGAAGUACAUCGACAUCCACUUUAACAAGAGAGGUGCCAUCGAGGGGGCAAAGAUAGAACAGUACCUUCUGGAGAAGUCCCGAGUCUGCAGACAGGCUGCGGAUGAGAGGAAUUACCACAUCUUCUACUGUAUGCUGCGGGGCAUGGCCCCAGAGCUGAAGACCAAGCUGGGCCUGGGCCUCGCCAAUGACUACUCCUACCUCACCAUGGGGAACUGUACGAAAUGUGAUGGACGUGAUGACCUAAAGGAUUACUCCAGCAUCCUGUCAGCCAUGAAGGUGCUGAUGUUCACAGAGACAGAGAACUGGGAGAUCUCCAAACUACUGGCGGCCAUCCUGCACAUGGGCAACCUGCGCUAUGAGGCCCAUACCUAUGACAACCUGGAUGCCUGUGUGGUGGUGCGAUCUCCAGACCUGUCCACUGCUGCAUCUCUGAUGGAGGUGGACCCUAAGGACGUGAUGUCAUGUCUGACCACUCGUACCCUGAUCACCCGGGGCGAGAGUGUGUCCACCCCCCUCAGCAUGGAACAGGGCCUGGACGUCAGGGACGCCUUCGUCAAGGGUAUCUAUGGGAGGCUGUUUGUGUGGAUCGUGGACAAGAUCAACGCGGCCAUCUUUAGACCUCCGUCCUGUGAGAGUAAGAUCGUAAGGAGGUCCAUCGGCCUGCUCGAUAUCUUCGGCUUCGAGAACUUUACUGUCAACAGCUUUGAGCAGCUGUGCAUCAACUUUGCCAAUGAGAACCUGCAGCAGUUCUUUGUGAGGCAUGUGUUCAAGCUGGAGCAGGAGGAGUACAACCUAGAGGACAUCAACUGGCAACAUAUCGAGUUCACCGACAACCAGGAUGCCCUGGACAUGAUCGCCAAUAAACCCAUGAACAUCAUAUCUCUCAUAGACGAGGAGAGCAAGUUCCCCAAGGGAACAGACGCCACCAUGCUGUAUAAACUCAACUCCCAGCACAAACUCAACACCAACUACCACCCCCCUAAGAACACUUACAUGACACAGUUUGGCAUCCAGCACUUUGCUGGGGUGGUCCACUACGAGACCAAAGGCUUCCUGGAGAAGAAUCGUGACAGCCUCCAUACUGACAUCAUCCAGCUGGUCCACUCCUCCAAAAACAAGUUUAUCAAGCAGAUCUUCCAGGCUGACGUCGCCAUGGGUGUGGAGACCAGGAAGCGCUCCCCUACUCUGAGCAGCCAGUUCAAGCGUUCUCUGGAGCUGCUGAUGAGAACCCUCAAUGUGUGUCAGCCUUUCUUCGUACGCUGCAUCAAACCCAACGAGCUCAAGAAACCCAUGCUGUUUGACAGGGAGCUGUGUGUGCGUCAGCUGAGGUACUCUGGGAUGAUGGAGACCAUUCGUAUCAGGCGCGCCGGUUACCCCAUCAGAUACACCUUCGGAGAGUUCGUAGACCGCUACCGCGUUCUCAUGCCCGGAGUCAAACCUGCAAACAGACAGGAGGACCUGAGAGGGACAUGUCAGAAGAUAGUGGAGGCGGUUCUUGGACGAGAUGAUGACUGGCAGAUUGGGAAGACCAAGAUCUUUCUCAAGGACCACCAUGACAUGCAGCUGGAGAUAGAGAGGGACAAAGCCAUCACCGACAAGGUCAUCCUUAUCCAAAAGGCUGUAAGAGGAAUGAAGGAGAGGACUAACUUCCUGAGGUUGAGGAGGUCAGUGACACUCAUUCAGAAGACAUGGCGUGGCUAUCGGUGCAGGAAGGACUACAGUGCAAUGAGGGUGGGCUUCCUGCGCCUCCAAGCCCUCUAUAGGUCGAGGAAACUCUUUGUCACCUACCGAUUGGCCAAAUCGCGAAUCACCCAAAUACAGGCCCGUUGCCGUGGUUUCAUGGUGAGGCGGUCCUUUUGGCGGCAGCUGCAUGCGGUGAUCACCAUCCAGGCGUAUGCCAGGGGCAUGAUCGCGCGGAGGGUUACCCAGAGACUCAGGGCAGAGCACCGGCGGCGUCAAGAGGCGGAGGGCCAGCGUCUGGCUGAGGAGGAGCGCCUGAUGAACCAGAUGACGGCGCGGCGGGCGCGAGCUGAGGCUGAGAGGAGUCACCAGGAGCGCCUGGCCGAGCUGACCCGUCAGGAGGAACAGCGGGAGAAGGAGGCGCGGGAGGAGGCACGACGGAAGAAGGAGAAGGUGGAACAGGUGGAGCGGGAGAGGCAGCAGCCGGUGGACCACUCAGACAUGGUGGACCAGAUGUUUGGCUUCCUGGGGAACACAGGGGCACUGCCCAACCUGGAGGGACAGGGGCCGGCCGGCUUCGAGGACCUGGAGGCAGCUCCGCGGGCCGAGAGGGAGGAGGAGGACUUGGACGAGGCUCUCCCUCUGCCUGACGACGAGGAAGAAGACCUAUCGGAGUACAAGUUCUCUAAGUUCGCCGCCACCUACUUCCAGGGCACCACCACGCACACGUAUGUGCGGCGCCCGCUCAAACAGCCGCUGCUCUUCCACGAGGACGAGGGCGACCAGCUGGCGGCGCUGGCGGUGUGGAUCACAGUGCUGAGGUUCAUGGGGGACCUGCCCGAGCCCAAGUACCACAUCGCCAUCAGUGACGGCUCGGAGAAGAUCCCCGUCAUGACCAAGAUCUAUGAGACGCUGGGCAAGAGGACCUACAAGAGAGAACUACAGGAGCUCCAGACUGUGGAGGGAGAGAACAGCUCUAUUGAAGGUGGUGGUGGGCAGAAGAAGAACAGUGUGAGACACAAGCUGGUCUCUCUCACCCUGAAGAGGAAGUCCAAGAUCACUGAGGAGGUGACCCGGCGUUUGACUGAUGGCGAUUACAGCCUACAGGGGAACAGCAUGCUGGAGGACCGGCCCACAUCCAACCUGGAGAAGCUGCACUUCAUCAUCGGCAACGGCAUCCUAAGGCCCGCCCUCAGGGAUGAGAUCUACUGUCAGAUCUGCAAGCAGCUGACCCAGAACCCGUCUAAGAGUAGCCAUGCCCGUGGUUGGAUCCUGCUCUCUCUCUGCGCUGGCUGCUUCGCUCCCUCUGAGAAGUUUGUCAAAUAUUUGCGUACGUUCAUGAUCAGUGGUCCGCCGGGCUACGCUCCAUACUGCGAGGAGAGGUUGAGGAGGACCUUUGUGAAUCGCACCAGGACCCAGCCGCCAUCUUGGCUCGAGCUGCAGGCCACUAAGUCGAAGAAGCCCAUCAUGUUGCCGGUGACCUUCAUGGAUGGUACCACUAAGACCCUGCUGACCGACUCAGCCACCACGGCCAGCGAGCUGUGUAAUGCCCUGGCAGACAAGAUCAGCCUCCAAGACCGCUUCGGUUUCUCCCUCUACAUCGCCCUGUUUGACAAGGUAUCCUCACUGGGCAGCGGCAGUGACCAUGUGAUGGACGCCGUGUCGCAGUGCGAGCAGUACGCCAAGGAGCAGGGUGCCCAGGAGAGGAAUGCCCCCUGGCGCCUGUUCUUCAGGAAGGAGAUCUUCACUCCUUGGCACAAUCCUGGCGAAGACAGCGUGGCCACCAACCUCAUCUACCAACAGACAGUCCGCGGGGUCAAGUUCGGCGAGUACCGCUGCGAGAGGGAUGAGGAUCUGGCGGAGCUGGCGUCUCAGCAGUACUACAUAGACUAUGGCUCGGAGAUUCUCCAGGAGCGCCUCCUCAACCUCAUCCCCUCCUACAUCCCUGACCGCGAAAUCAGCUCCACCAAGACCAAUGACAAGUGGGCCCAGCUAGUUGUCGCCACCCACAAAAAGGGAGUCUACACCCAGAAGAGGUUGGACCCUCAGAGGGUGAAGGAAGACGUGGUUGACUUUGCUCGUUUCAAGUGGCCUUUACUCUUCUCACGCUUCUACGAGGCCUUCAAAUUUUCAGGGCCCAGCCUGCCUAAGAAUGACGUAAUUGUGGCGGUGAACUGGACCGGGGUCUACUUUGUGGAUGAGCAGGAGCAGGUCCUUUUGGAACUCUCUUUCCCAGAGAUCACUAAUGUGUCCAGCAGCAGAGGUGGUAAGCUCCAGGGCCAGAGCUUCUCGCUGGCCACCAUCAAAGGAGACGAGUACACGUUCACCUCCAAUAAUGCUGAGGACAUACGCGACCUGGUCGUGACUUUCCUGGAGGGCCUCAGGAAGAGGUCAAAGUUUGUGGUGGCGCUACUGGACUGCCCCAACCCCGCGGGUGGCGAGGACUCCACCUUCCUCAGUUUUUCCAAGGGCGACCUGAUCCUAUUGGACGAGCACUGCGGUGAGCAGGUCAUGACUUCGGGUUGGGCCCACGGGGUAAACGACAGGACCAAGCAACAGGGGGACUUCCCGGCCGACUGCGUCUACGUCCUGCCCACCGUCACCCGGCCGCAGUAUGACAUCGUGGCUCUGGUGACUAUGACUCCAGACCAGAGAAGAGAGUCCAUCAACCUGUCCCAGCUGGCCCUGACUGAGAGUGAGGACAAGGUCAAGCCCUACACCCUAGAGGAGUUCUCCUACGAUUACUUCAGACCCCCUCCUAAGAGCACUCUGAGCAGGGUAAUGAUCACUAAGGGCCGCGGGAAGGAGCGUCUGUGGUGCUGCACCAGGGAGCCCCUCAAACAGCCCCUACUGAAGAAGGUGCUGGCCCAUGAGGAGCUCUCCCAGGAGGCCCAACUGGCCUUCAUCGCCUUGUUGAAGUAUAUGGGUGACUACCCGUCCAAGCGAGCGCGUUUGGUCAACGAGCUGACCGACCAGAUCUUUGAGGGAGCGCUGAAGGCAGAGCCACUCAAAGACGAGAUCUACUGUCAGAUCCUCAAACAGCUCACUGAGAACCACAUCAAGUACAGCGAGGAGAAGGGCUGGGAACUGCUGUGGCUGUGUACAGGUCUGUUCCCCCCCAGUAACAUUCUGCUACCCCACAUCCAGAAGUUCCUCCAGGCUAAGAAGCAUCACCCCCUCGCCCCUGAUUGCAUGCAGAGACUCCAGAAGGCAUUACGUAAUGGAUCCAGGAAGUACCCGCCUCACCUGGUGGAGGUGGAGGCCAUCCAGCACAAGACCACGCAGAUCUUUCACAAAGUGUACUUCCCCGAUGACACAGACGAGGCUUUCGAGGUGGAGUCGAGUACCAAGGCCAAAGAUUUCUGUCUGAACAUCUCAGGCAGACUACUCCUCAAGUCCUCAGAGGGCUUCAGCCUGUUUGUCAAGAUCACUGACAAGGUCAUCAGUGUGCCUGAGGGGGAUUUCUUCUUUGACUUUGUGAGGCAUCUGACCGACUGGAUCAAAAAAGCCAGACCCGCAAAGGACGGUGUAGUGCCUUCACUGACCUAUCAGGUGUUCUUCAUGAAAAAAUUGUGGACCAAUACCAUGCCAGGGAAAGACUCCAUGGCUGACUACAUCUUUCACUACUACCAGGAGCUUCCCAAGUAUCUCCGUGGUUACCACCAGUGUUCCCGGGAAGAGGUUUUCCAGCUGGGAGCGCUGAUCUACAGGGUGAAGUUUGAGGAGGACAAAUCCCAGUUUCCCAACAUUCCCAAGAUGUUGAAGGAGCUGAUCCCUCAGGACCAGAUCAGACACCUCUCGCCUGACGACUGGAAACGGUCUAUAGUGGCGUUGUUCAACAAGCAGUCGGGGAAGACUCGAGAGGAGGCCAAGCUCUCAUUCCUCAAAGUAAUCUUCAAGUGGCCUACGUUUGGUUCGGCCUUCUUUGAAGUCAAGCAAACCACUGAUCCAAACUUCCCAGAGAUCCUCUUGAUAGCAAUCAACAAACAUGGUGUCAGCCUGAUCGACCCCAAGUCAAAGGACAUCUUGACGACACACCCGUUCACUAAGAUCUCCAACUGGAGCAGUGGCAACACCUACUUCCACAUCACCAUCGGAAACCUGGUCCGAGGCACCAAGCUGCUGUGUGAGACCUCACUGGGCUACAAGAUGGACGACCUCUUGACCUCUUACAUCAGCCAGAUGCUGACCACCAUGACCAAACAGCGCGGUUCCCGUGGCAACAUCAAGUGAUCUGGAAAGUCAUUGAUCCCGCUGUGGAGUGUAGUAGUGUAGGCCUCGAGGGCUUUCAGAUCUAUCACACGGUUUCAUUAAAACAUAGAGGGAUAAAUACAACCCUUCUUCCAUAACAUGCUAAAUCAAUUACAUGCAUACAUACACACACUCGCACCGCAUGCAUACAUACAUGUGCACGUACGCAUGCACACACACAAUCAAUGACAUGUAUACAUACGUACACGCAUGCAUGCACACGCACUUGACAGAUUUUCUCCCUAAAAUGUGUAUGAAUGAGAGUGGGAAGGACAGCAGCUUGAGAACCUCUGGUCUAAUAGUCUAUUGUACAGAAACUGUUCAUCUCAGCACUACAGACACAACGUUGCUGCAACAUCUCGCUGCAACGUCUCAGAGACAAUGGAUAUCAUGCAUCUCCACACACUAUUGUGUUACAGAAAUGUACAUAGAUCGUUGGUUAUAGGGAUGGAGGCACGAUAGCAGCAUUGCGACUAGAAUACUAUUUUUGCAUUGUCGGUAAAAAUGGUGAUGAUUUAAAUUGUUGAUUUAUGUUUUGGCCAUGACAAUGUUUUGACUUAUCGUCAGAUAUUGGUUUAUAUCUUGGGUCCUGUCUUAACAAUCACCAAUUGCCUUUACUUGACCCAAAUGCACAACCAACGAUUGCAACUUUUUACAUGGCAACUAAUCAAGAGCUUUGUUUAGAAAAUGUUUUUAUGCAAAGCAUUUGAUCGUAAAAUGUCUAAGUCCAAUUAUGUGAUUUAUAAACGUUGGGCCUAAACAAAUACAACUUUGGCUUGUCCAUGCUAUAGAUAUCAUGUGUAAUCACUGCAUUAUAUUUUGUUUUAGAGUUUAAUUCAAAAUUGUUCCUUAUCAUUGUCACAGGCAGGCUAAAUACCUUUUUUGAAUAUCUGUUCAUACCCGAUCAGUGUUAUUAGUACAUUUGAUGUAUUAAUGAAGUAUAUUUGAAGUACAUUUGAUGAGAACAGUCAGAUUGAUCUCUGGACAUUAGCUGGCUCUAGGACUUUGCAUACAGUGUGUAUACCACAUCACUGUAAAAACCUUUAGUGGAAAGUUGACAAUAUUUAAUAAUAUGAUAUUUCUAACAAGCACAGAUUUAGCUGUUCUCCUAAUGAAUGAAUCAUUUAAGAAAAUGUGUUCUGUAAAUAAAGACUCCCAGUCCAUAUGACUUGUCUUUUUAAAAAUUGUGGAUCAAUCAAGGAUUUUUAAGUAUUAAAGGUCAACUCCGUUAUAUGACAUCAUCAUAGACAAAAUAUCUACAUACAGAAAACAAAAAUGUGUCAGGACCGCCAUUUUUGUUGAUUCUGUAAACAGGAAGUCACCCCACUGUGUAUGGUGAUGUCAAAUUGCUUAGUCUACCUUUAAAAGUAAUCUCAGUGACAUUGUUGUGCACCGUUCUGUAUAGUUGAUAUUCAUUUAGGUCAAACUGUUCCUGGUUUUUAAAUGUUGGUCCAUGUAACCAAAUAUUUUGGUAUCAAUAAAGAAAUUACAAAUA